CUUUUCAUUUUCAUCUCCGUUUCUCACUCAUUCAUUCACGUCUGAAACAGAGAGUUUUAGGGUUUUUUUUUGCGGAGGUUUCAAGGAAGUAAAGUAACGAUGACGGAAGAGCACAAACACGAGGAAUCAAUCAUGGAGAAGAUCGCUGAGAAGAUCCAUGGUCACGAUGACUCUUCUUCUUCAGAUUCAGAUGACGAGAAGAAAGAAUCCUCUAUCAAGACGAAGAUCUACCGCCUCUUCGGUAGAGAAAAGCCUGUUCACAAGGUCUUCGGUGGCGGCAAACCUGCCGACAUAUUCCUAUGGAGGAACAAGAAGGUAUCAGGAGGAGUGUUGGGUGCUGCAACUCUCUCCUGGAUCUUAUUCGAGUUACUUCAAUACAACCUCCUCACUCUCUUCGGCCACAUCUCGAUCCUCGCUCUCGCUGUGUUGUUCUUGUGGUCUAGUGCUACUACCUUCAUUCACAAGAAACCUCCUCAUAUCCCUGAAGUUCACAUCCCCGAGGAAGUCGUUCUCCAGCUUGCUUCUGGACUAAGGAUUGAGAUCAAUCGUGGUUUUUCUCUUCUUAGGAACAUCGCAUUAGGGAGAGAUCUCAAGAAGUUCCUUAUGGUUGUUGCUGGCUUGUGGGUUUUGUCCAAAGUUGGUAGCUCAUGCAACUUCUUGACCUUGAUCUAUAUCGCAACUGUUCUUCUCUUCACCGUUCCCGUGCUUUACGAAAAGUAUGAUGAUAAAGUAGAUGGCUUUGCUGAAAAGGCAAUGAAGGAGAUCAAGAAGCAAUACGCUGUGCUUGAUGAGAAGGUGUUGAGUAAGGUCAUGAGCAAAAUCCCCAAAGGAGCCUUCAAGAAGAAGGAUUAGAGAGUGUCUACGUUUCUCUCAUCAUCAUCAUCAUCUGAGUCUUCCAGGUUGAUAUAUAAAUCUCGAAGCAUUGUUUUUUCUUACUUGUAAUGGAAGCUGUGUUGGUUAAUAAACCCUUUUAGUCUCUCAAAUAUCUGCUUUGUGGGUUUUAUUCGGGGGUUUAACCAAAUUUUAUACAACCAUAUUAAAUUUGAGCUUAUAUCUUUGCGUC